UGGGUCUCUCUGCUGCUGCUGCGAGAGGCAGGGAAGAAGGAGCCCAGGAGGAGAGAAGGAAAGGAGGAGAAGAAAGGCAGGGAAGGAAAGAAGGAAGGGCUCCAGAGAGGAGUUGUCCUUUGCGGCCCCUGGAGCCCAACUCGGCCAAGUUGAGAAGGAGAGAAAAGUUUGAGGGGCAGCAUUAGGGGAAAGAGCAGAGGCUUGGGCUCCCAUGGCGGCGGGGCUGGAGCCGGCCAGAGCCCAGGAGUCCUGACCCUGGAGGGCUUCAUGGAGGCUUAGGAGGAGGGAGAGGGAGGGGAAGGGGAGCCAAGGCGUCCUGACCCUGGAGGGCUUCAUGGAGGCUUAGGAAGAGGAGGAGGAGGAGGAAGGCGAGCCAAGGCGCCCGGACCCUGACCCUUCCUUUUGGAGGGCUUCAUGGAGGCUUAAGAGGAGGCAAGAGGGAGCGUCAUGGCCAAAUGGCUGAAUAAAUACUUCAGCCUGGGCAACAACAAGACCAAAAGCCCCCCUCAGCCUCCGCGGCCGGACUACCGGGACCAGAAGCGGAAUGGCACCGCGGGAAGCGGAGGAGGAGGAGGCGGAGGGCACCACCAUCAGCAGCACCACCACCACCAUCACAACCACCACCACACCUCGCCCUGCUUCCCCCGCCACGACACCAGCGACCUGCUCCGCGCGUACCGGGCCCAGAAGGAGCGCGACUUCGAGGACCCUUACAGCGGGCCGGGCUCCUCUCUGCGCAAACUGAGAGCCCUUUGCCGGGCGGAGUACUGCGCCCCCGAAGAGCUGCUGGCGGAGACCCCCAAAGCCUCCUCUUGCUGCGGAGGAGGAGGAGGAGGGAGCAAUGGCCCCAAUGCCGCCUCCUCCUCCUCCUCGCCGCAGCAGCUUUUCCGCAGCCAGAGCGAGCGCCGGCCCGCCUCUGCCACGCCGCCCGAGCCGGUCAAGUACAUCUCCCCGAAACACCGGCUGAUCAAGAUCGAGAGCAACGAGGCGGCGGCGGCGGCGACAGCGACAGCGGCAGGGAAAGGAGGAGCGGGAGGAGCAGCAACAGGAGGGCCACCGCUCACCUGGAGCCCCACCGGCCCCAAGCUCCACAAGGCAGCCCCCGAGCAAGGAGAAGGAGGAGGCACCGCCAAGAAGGAGAAAGUUCUAAUAGCAGAUGACUAUUCUGACCCAUUUGAUGCCAAAAGUGAGGGCAGCAGAACUGGCAAAGGAGAAAACACUGGCUACAUGGAGCCAUAUGAAGCGCAAAGGAUAAUGACAGAAUUCCAGAGGCAAGACAGUGUGAAGCCCCAGCAGAAAGACAUUCAGCUAUACGACACGCCUUACGAGCCUGAAGGCAAUGGUGUGGAGUCAGAUUCAGAAAGUAUAGUGAGUCAGCGCUUGCGAGAAAGCAAGUUGCCACAGGACGACGACAGGCCUGCGGAUGAAUACGACCAGCCGUGGGAGUGGAACAAGGUCACCCUUCCAGCCUUAGCAGUCCAGUUCAACGGGGGAGAAAUAAGGCAGUCUUCACCUUCUCCAUCUUCAAGCGACCGGCGUCGACAGCUUCGAGCACCGGGGGGAGGCUUCAAACCCAUCAAGCAUGGUAGCCCUGAAUUCUGUGGAAUCCUUGGGGAAAGAGUGGAUCCAACUAUCCCACUGGAAAAACAAAUAUGGUAUCAUGGAGCAAUCAGUCGAACAGAUGCAGAAAACCUCUUGCGGUUGUGUAAAGAAUGUAGCUAUCUUGUGAGGAAUAGUCAAACCAGCAAGCAUGACUAUUCACUCUCAUUAAAGAGCAACCAAGGGUUUAUGCACAUGAAGUUGACAAAAACCAAAGAGAAAUACAUUUUGGGUCAGAAUAGCCCUCCAUUUGACAGUGUGCCAGAAGUGAUCCACUACUACACUGCAAAAAAACUCCCAAUAAAAGGAGCUGAACAUUUGUCACUCCUUUACCCUGUUGCUGUGCGGACCUUGUAAUUGCUCUGAUCCAUGCUCCUUCCUGUGGAUGGGAGAUGAGGGGUAAAGCAGCAGGAGGGAUGCCCCUGCACUGGCUACAGCAACGUUGCGUGGAACGGAGGUGCCCAGCUCUGCCUUUCCAAUAGCAGACCGAUUUGUGGUAAUGGAAUCGUUGCACUACUUUGCAUGUCCUGCGUGGAAAUGUGGGUUUCUAUUUAUAGGAGAGAAGAGUGCAUUCAGGCAUGGAAGAAAUGCAUCAUCUUCCAGGACUGCCCACCUGCCAAUGAAUGGAAAUGUUGCCAAAUCCAAAGAAUGGCCUUCCAACUUUUCCACCUGUGACCAAGAACCUGUUCUUCUCCCAUUUGAGGGAACAAUUUUCCAACUACUCAAACAGAAGCUGCAAAUGGCCUUUAACUCUUGUCAAAGGGGGAGGCUAAAAGAAAACUGGCCCAAUGGCCUUGCCCAGCACGCAAGAUCAGGAAACUGUAUCCUGCCUCCCCGGCCCAAAUUUUGUGUUGUUUUUUUCAUGCACAGAUUGAUAAAACAUGGAGAUUUCCCCCUCUCCUUUUUUUGUCACAAUGACGAUAUGAUUUGAAUAUCUCAAAUGAGUAAUUUUGCAAUCGCAAAGUGUCUUCAUUUAUUUAUGAAUAGGAUAUGUAGUUAAAUAGUGGUUUAAUAUAUAUUUUUAAUCCCCCUCUCCCCUUUUUUGGUACAAUAAUAAAGUGCAAAGGGUUUUUUGUGCUGAUUCCUAGAUUAAAUGGCAGAGAAUCAGGUCCGUUUUCUGUUGUGUGCAUACAAUGUGAGUGGUGAUGGUUCUGUAGUUUCCAAGGAGGAGGAGAAGGAUUUAGUAUGUUGAAGGUUGAUGUUUACAUGACUGGAUUUCAGACUCAAUAAGGCUUCUGCAGGACAGGUCUCCUUGGUUUGCAUACAGCACCUGUGCAAAUAAUAGUCCUCACCCAGAUAACCUAUGGGAUAGAUUCUUUUUUAACCACAGGGACAUGGGGAAAUCACACACAGAAAUCAGCUGUUUUCUGCUUCUCUAGCCGAGAUGAACACCAGAUGUUCAUCAUGCACCCAAAUGUAAAUCAGAGCUACAUUCUGGUUCUCUCUCAUCCAAGAGGGACUGUCCUGUUAUGUACAAUGACAAGUCAUGGGUCUUUUCCUGCCUUCAUAACAAGAUAGAAUAACGCAUCAAAUACUCUCUUUGCCUUGGCAAUGCAACUGCAGCUGGCUUCUACCUGACCUGUAGAGCAUAGAGCCCCACCUCAUCUUCAGUCAGACCUGGGAUGUGGGUUGUGCCUCUUGGCCAGAACAUUUGGCAAAUUCUAACUGAAAGGUAGAAUCUGCAAUGAACACAGCUGCAGCUGACACCAAUGCCUCCCUACCAGAGCAUUUAUUCUGUUAUGCUAACAUCUAAUAGAGAUUACCUGAUGACCUGACAUGACUAUGAUAUGUGCUUCCCUGCCAGAUGUAUCCAGUGAUGUGGAUCAGGAUGGGAAAAGGCACAGCAUCACUAUGGCAGGCAUGGGUUAAUUUGUAUUAAAACUCAAGUGCUGGGCUGCCAUUGACUUAUGUGCUAACACACCCCAGUUUCUUGGGCAUCCCAAAAAAGCUGGAGCCUACUUCCCUGCAUUACACUCUCCGCAGCACUGUGCUUUUCUCUGUUGGUAAAUCUCUUGAGUCAGGAUUCAAACUUCAAAUCUUUCAGUCUCUUUUUCACAUUUGCAAUAAGGCUGUGAAAUUAACUCUCUCUUUUAAGUAGACCUUUCCCCCAACGUUGAAGUACAUUUAUGUGCCGGUUUAAAAGCAUAAUGGAAUAAUCAUUAUUCCGAUGCCUGUGUAAAAUACUGCUUAUUGUACUGUACAAUGUGAAAAGAGAAGUCCUCAGGCGACCUGGGCUUAUAAAUAAUAAGUGUCUCUUGUUUCCUGAUUUGUUUUAGCCUCAUACAGACCAGUAUUAAAUCUGGUAUUAAUUCCAGGAUUCUAAUUUACCUGUUUGAGGGCAAAAGAAAAUAAAUCUCUGUAAAAAUGUAUGUUGAAUCGGCUGGCGCUAAUCUAAUGGAAUGUUCAGAUUAAUUCUGCAUGCCAAGUGUCUCUCUGUUGUUUCGUUUUUCACAAAUACUGGAGAGUUUCUCCCUAAAUGAAGUAAAAGAACAAUCCUUUUUUAAAAAACAAAAGCAAAACCACACAAUUGUGUUUCUCCUUUAUCUUCUUUACAGUCCCCACAUGGAAGAAAAUGCCCUUGCUCCUUUGCACAGGUGAUUCUGAUAUUGUUGUUUCAAGUCAUGGGGCUUCAAGCUGUGGUCCAGUUGCUCAAAGUGGUAUAGAUAGCUGGAAUUAAUGUGGCACUUUUUGCAAGGGCAAGAGAGCCUGCCAGGCAUCAAAUCAGACCUAUGCUCCUGAUCUCCUUUACUUGCUCCUUUGCCUAAUAAACUAGAGACAAUCCUUACCAGAGGCACCACCACCACAUGGGAAUGGACACUACUGACUAGUUUACAAAUAUUUACUCGAUAGUCAGCUGUUUUACCUCAUGUACCGAAACAUUUUUAUGGUGCAGCAUUAUUCAAUAACCAACAGGAAUACUUACAUAACCAGGCCAUUAACAGCAAAAAUGUAUUGUGGAGCACAGAGGACCAUUUUCAUAAUUUAUAUUGCUUAAAAUUACCUGGAUGCAACAGAGCCAUUAUUACUCGUGUGCCACUAGUAUAAGUAUUUAUAAAAGUGCAUUACCACUGCUGUUGGUUGCUCCUAUAUCUCCAAAAAUUUCAUCAGAAGAAAACCCCCCAAAGUGUAUGUAUCCAACAAGAUGAGAACAUCUGUAGUGUCACUUGGUUGCAGAGCUCAUUAAGUGUAAACAUUCUGUGUGCACCCUUGUUAUUUUCAGUGAGUGUACAUGCAUCUCACCAUCCUUUGGCAGAGCAAUUUAUGCAGAGAUUUGUCUACUGUUAGCAAUAGCAACAGCAAUUGCAAAUGCAUUUCUAUACUGCUUACCAAUGUACUAAGUGGUUUUACAAAGUGUAAGCUAAUUUCCCCCAACAAGCUGGGUAUUCAUUUUAGCAACCUAUGGAAGGAUGCCAGGCUGAGUUGACCUGGAGCCCCUAGCUGGUGUUAAACUCACAACCUUGUGGUUUGUGAGUGACUUGUGGCAGUACAGGCAUUUAACCACUGUGCCACCAGUGUUCCUACUGUUGAAUUUCAAAACAAGUUAAAGAGAGCUGAGUCUGAGAGAAAUGGAAUCUUGUCACAUUGUCCCAAAUAGAGACAAGGUGAAGUUCAGUAGAAGUCAAAACUAAACAUUCAAUUGUAGGUAUUCCUGACCACUACCAUUUCAGAGUAUAAGUGAGGAAUUGCACUUAGGUAAUAUGCCUCCAUGAUUACUCUGUUCAAAGUUCCCCUACAUAUAGUCUAGACCCCUUUUCUUGAAUUGGCAGUUACCUAAAUACAGGAAGACUACAUGAGGGAAAGUGUUGUUUUUUAAUUCCUUCAACUGAACUCUGCAGGAGUACAGUGUUGCGGUAAAACAUCUUGGUCGUUCAUCACAUAAUUUUUGUUUCCUGUAUGUAAUUCUAUCCUUUCUCUGUUCCAUCCACAUGUUUUUAUGAAUAUUCCAGAACAGCUGCCACCAAAGCUGAGCAACCUUUCACAGCAAUGAUAUACAUCUAUAUUUAAUUGGAGUAUACAAGCAUACCAGGGCCAUGCAAAUAAUAUCGAUAACAGUAACAACAAUAAAACACCAGAACUCUAGUUUCAUUCAUGAGGUUGACUAUUUCUGCCAUCUUAAGUUUCAGCUUUCUGAUCAGAACCAAAUAUAUCAGUUCCAUUAAGGCCUUUACAUACUUUAUUCAAUAAUAUCUAUUUCAGAAAUGACUUCAGAUAAAUACUCUCCCACAACAAGUGAGCGACUUCAACAACUUUCAGCAGCUGUUCAAAUAUGGUACCAGCAUUGCUUGAAGAGUCUGAAGUAAGAGCAAAACCCACUAAGCCUUCCACAUCUGUCACAGGAACAUCUCAGUUAUAUGGGAUUAUACCACCACAGUUUUUACAGUAGUAUUACUUGAUGGCCUCUACACCAUGUUAAAACCACAUCCAAGAUAAAAGCAGGUCAGCAUGGGAAGCUGACCAUCCCUACCACAUUUUUUUCCCUGAGGUGAUUCAUUUUGGCAUGGGAUGUAUUUAAAUUCCUCUGUGCUUGCAUUGAUCCAAGGGGAAAUAGAGUUCAGAAGAGAAGACACACUCUGGAAUUUUAAAUUCCACUCUUGGGAUAGUUUGCACAUUGAUACUCCUCUCCCCAACCUAUGAUAGAGUACCAGCUUUGAAAGGUUAACUUUGUUCCAAUAAAAGUUGAAUACUGGAAUCAAUCAGCAUUUGCUCAGACAGUUUCUCUCAAAAUGUUCCUCGUUGUUGCCGCAUACGUAUUUUGAAGCGUAUGUUGAAAACAUUUGGAGCAAACAUGAUUGGUGGUUUGAAAACUGAUGAAAAAAUAUAUUAACAUCCACAUAUUAACUCUGAUAUGUGUAGAUCAAGCAGAUUAGUAUCAGAAUUCAGGAAGUUGGUGGUCCUCAAGCAUUCCUAGGAUUAUCCCCAGAUAAUCUCAAAAAUGUUCCAACUGAAAAUUCUUGCAUGAUAGAUUUUCCCCUCCUUAUCUAUAAGUAUGAAUAAAUAAUGCUGUCAUAAAACUAGAGACUUUAUUUUUCUCUAGUCAUUUCUCCUGAAGGAACUCUGUCUGAUCCUCUUGCACCUUCCCUUAAGAACAUGUGCCUACUAAAACAGAGCAGGGAGGGAAUGAAUAGCAAAUGAGGCUGGCUUCAUGUGUGCUGCUUUUCAAACAGUUUUGGCUUGGCUUAGAAGUAUAUUGCCAAUUUAUGUUAUCUGCAGAGAAAGCAUUCCAAGGGGGGGGGGGAGUCCCCAAUGUUGAAAUGUCGCUAAUUUCACCAAGUAGUCUAGUUGACACAUCUCUGAAUCCUAGUGCAUUGGCUUAAAAGUGCUAUAUUGCUCAAAACAGAAUAUUUUUUGAUCCAAACAAGGGUCCAUAUAUAUAUAUAUAUAUAUAUAUCAGUGCCUCCUGCAGUUUCACCUAAAGUGAUUCAGAUUUUAUACCACCUCAGGUUCUGAUCAGUCACUGAAAACUGCCUUCCUUAUCUUGCGGGUCUACCAGGGAUUUCAGGACCAGUGAGUUGACACCUGCCCUAUUGGACACCCUGUCAUCCCAUGCAUAUUGUGAUGACAGGAUUAAUUUGACCGCUGAUCUGGCUUUCUUUUUCAAAUAUGUUGCCAUUGUUUUUCACAGGGUAUUAACUAGGAAGACUCCUCUCAGUAUUGUGUGGUUUUAAUAUCCCCCCCCUCCCAUUUGAUCCCAUAACACAAGCCUUCCCCAAUGACCCUAACUUGCUGGAAAGGAUAGGAGUUGUCCAACAGACCUGGAAGGCACCUGCUUGGAGAAGAAGUAAAGGUGUUAGUGUUAAGUUACAGUGUCCUGUACAAAGGGCUUAACGUGAGUCUUCCCAUUGGCUUUAGCAUGUGUUGGCCUUUUUCAAAGUACUAGUGCACACAAAUAUGCAUAUAAACUGAAGAGUGUGACAGUGUGUAUGAGUGUGUGAGAGCGCGAGAGAGAUGCACACCUGCAUAAAUCCCAUUGAAGGGAAAGCUGUGGGUUUUCAUAAGUAUCGGGGGUUUUUAAUUUAUUUUUAACAGAAAGGAUUUAUCAGAGGUGCAGGAUGACCACAGCCUAAACUGAACCUGUCUGUUCUUUUGCACUGUGAUGUUUGUCUGCCUGUUUUAUUUAAGUGAUUGUGUGAUUAUUAUGUUUCCCACUUUUUCAAAGUUUUCCUCUUUUCGAAAACAAAAUAUACACAAUGUUACAGUGAUUUGUGCUGUCGCUUAUGGCCAAGAGAAUGAGCCAUAAUUGUGCCUGUGUAGUCCAUUAAAAGUUUAUUUUAAAUAAAAUUAUAAACCUCU